ACAAUUAUAUAGUGCGGCAUCCAUAAGUAAUAUUUGAAGUCGUUCAAAUGGUUUGCGAUAAAUGUGAGUCCAAAUUAUCCAAAGUCUCGGCGCCGAAUCCCUGGCGAACUAGCAAUGCAGCGGCCGGUGGACGCAAAAUCAAUGAAAACAAAGCAUUAUCAUCUUCCAAGGAGCGUUUCAAUCCUCUAGGCAAUACUUUAGCGCCUUGCCGCAUAUGCAGACAGAAGGUGCAUCAAGUGGGCGCGCACUAUUGCCAGGCGUGUGCCUAUAAAAAGGCAAUUUGUGCAAUGUGCGGCAAGAAAAUUUUAAAUACGAAAAACUACAAGCAGAGCGCGACAUGAAGACGAUUUCCUUUCUUGAAUACA